AUGCUGCGAGAUUAUUGGUAUCCUAAGCAAAGCGGUCCAGUGUUUGGCGACGGAACUCUCCUCAUCUCUACGGAAGCGGGACGGAAAGUAGGCCUCCGUGAAGCCCUGAGUCCACCAAAGGUCUAUGUCAUACGUAAUGGAAGUUUUGGGGACGUCGCGAAGGGUAUAGAACGUCCUUUCAUGUGUCAGAUCGCAAAUUUCGCAACUGCAGCAGUAGAUAUCGCAAAAAGGAUGAGAGCCCUCACGCUGAAAGAGGCCUUGUCCAAACCUGAAAUACUGAAGGAACUGGAGCAAAACCCUGGGACUUUUAAAUUUCCAGAAGCAGUGGAGUUGGUGAUCACCAGCAGGUCCGGCAAAUACGCCAAUGUGUUGGAGGACCCCACUGGCCCCGGGGGUCUGAGGGUGGAGGGACCCCUGGCCAACCUCCUCGAAUAUAUGGCCAGCUCCAUGAACUUCUCUUACACGCUGAUAAUGCCACCAGACCGGGGCAUCGGGUCGCAGCUGCCAAACGGAACUUGGACUGGCAUUGUGGGUCAAGUCAGCGAGAAGAUGUUCAGACGGCCGCCCUCCCCCCUCCCCCAGGUGGCUGACAUCGGCCUCGAGAGCAUGAAGAUGAUCCCGGAGCGCGUGGAGGUCGUGGACUUCGGUGACAUCCUCUCCUACGUCUACAUGAAGAUCUUGGCCGGGAAGGGACAUCCGACGUUGAAUCCUAUGGGCUUCCUCUAUCCUCUGAGCCCCUUGGUGUGGGCGGGGUUGGUGGGGGCGUUGCUGUGUGUGUGGGCGGCCACGAUGGUGUUGGGAAGUCGACCUCGUGGCAGGAGGAGAGGGGCGUGGGCGGCGUGGUUCUUCUAUGUCUACUUUGGCGUCGGCGUGCAGCAAGCCAUGGUCAUGAAAUUCAUCCGCGGAGCUGAGAAGCUGCUGGUGGGAAGCUGGAUGCUGGUCGCCAUGGUGAUGGCCUGGUCGUACUCGUGCAAUCUGGUGUCCCUUUUGGCGGCUCGACACGUCCCGCAGCCCAUCCAGAGCCUAAGGGAUGUUAUAGACUCGGAUGUGAAGGUUAUUACAAGUCGGUUUACGGCUUUCACGCACAUGUUAGAUCAUGCAGAGUCGGGAAUAUUCAAGGAACUGUCCGAUCUGAGACAGAAAAAUCGUUGGGUUUAUUCCGAGUACGGUGACAAAGACACAUCAAUGGAGCUCACUCGACAAGGCGACCACGUCCAGUUCACGCUUGGCAUAUCUGCGAAACAAAGUGUGUCUGAUUACUUCACUGAAACAGGUCGCUGUGAUUUUUACCUUCCGAGAGUGACGUUCUUGCCCGGACCCACCAGCAUCGUCUUGCAGAAGGGAACUCCUAUUCGUGAAGCUGUUAAUUACAGAAUCCGUAGAGUUGUGUACGCCGGCCUCUUCGACUACUGGGUGAGCCAAAGCACUGUCAACGCUUCAGUUUGCGAAAACACACCGUCCACUAUCACUGUGAUGGAGCCCCUUUCUUUCACUGCAGUCUCGGGAAUGCUAGCCAUCUGGGCCUCUGGCAUGGCUCUGUCGCUCGUAACCUUCUGCGUGGAGUUGGCAGUGGCUAAAGUCACACAGUAG